UACGGCACGCACUGGAACUGGCGCUUCGUGCUCGUGAUUACGAUCCUUGUCACGUACGCGAUCGACGCGGUCUGCCAGUUCUGCACCAUCUUUGACGUUGUCCGCAACCAGUGGUUCUACCUCGGUGUGCCGCUCAUCGAGACGGUCCCGUCUGGUAUCAACUUUGUCGUCGGCACGUACGUCAUUGUCGAGCUCGCCGAAGUCGGUAACGAAGGCGUCAUGUACGGUCUUUUGACGACGGUGUCGAACCUCCCGGGUACCUUUGGCACGAUUCUCACCAACAUGAUUGACGGUCAACUCAACUAUGGCAAGAAGCUCAUCAAGGCCGACGCGCCCGAGACGCGUACCCAGGUCGCCUACUCGUACGUCAUUUCGUAUACGUUUGUGGUCGUCGGCUGCCUCUGGGUGUUCCUCCUUCCGCCGCAGCGCGCGGCCGUCGCCGAGCUUAAGAAGAACGGUGGCAGCUACCCCAAGGUGGCCGCGCUCAUCUUUGUCGGUCUCUUUAUCAUCCUCGUCACGUCCAUCACGGGCAGCUUGAUGUCCAUGUUCAAGAGCACGAGCUGCUUCCGCAUUGCCGGUGGCCGCGAGCCGUGCCCGGAAGGCACGCCGCAGACGUACCUUGCUAUCAUCUUUGUGCCGGGUGUCAUUGCGGCGCUCUUUGCCGCGUACAAGCUUUUCGUCGCCAAGUAAGCGGCGGCCCUAUGUUUCGAACAACUUUGUAAUCGAAUGUGACGUGUUUUAACUUG